AUGGGCGAAGACGCAAGCGACAUGGCACGUCGUGCGUGGGUGCAGGCCAUGUUCACCCAGCGCGUCCUUCAUCGCGACCACGCCCUCGCCCUCUGGAAGACCGCGACGAGCAUCUGCGGCGCGCCCUUUGACCGAGCGAGAUUCAAAGACUUUCUGUCCGACGUUUCCGAAUCGUUGGACACGCUCGGAUUCGACGUGCUCGAGACAAAGGACCAGAGCACGAACGUUGAUCUGGUUUGCAUUAUUAACCUGCAGCAGGACGCACCUGCAGAACUUGCAUCGAGCUACUCCAAACCCGAGCUACAAUACAUCAAGCGUCUGAUAGCGUCGCUCACGGACGAAUCCCUGCAAGUAAAGAUCGAACUCAUCUUCACAGCCCCCAACGCAACUUACUGCAUCAAUUCGCUAGCAGCAUUGCGCGAAGCCGGUCAAGUGGAGCCGCCAAUGAGUAAGCGGGCAUGCCAAGACCUGCUCAACAACCUCAUCCUCCACGGCUGGAUCCGCAAGACGCCCAGAGGCAGGUACACGCUCACGCAGCGAUCACUACUCGAGCUCAGGUCAUACUUGGAGGAGGGUUUCCCAGCAUAUGCUCGCAAAUGCAAAGAAUGCCAGGAGCUCUUGACCAUUGUGAGUACCUGCCGGCAUGGAUGA